AUGUCUUCCCUCGACCCAAUUAAGCCCUUCUCCUCUAACCUGCACGGGUCAUACUCCUGGCCGCAGAGCCUGCAGGGCAUACACUUCGGGCCUGGUUCAAUCAAGACCGCCCUGCCGAAGCUCCUAGCUAAGAUUGGGGCCAAGAAGGCCCUGGUCGUCACGGGCCGUAGCCUCCACGAGAAGACCGACGUGGUUCGCAGGGUCGAGAACGUGCUCAAAGAGCUCAACGCUUACGGCGCGACCUUCUACGAGAUCGGGCAGCACUCGCCGAUCGCCGGCAUCGAAAAUGGUCUCCAGCAGUUCAAGGACGUCGGCGCGGAUGUGAUCGUUGCGGUUGGCGGUGGCUCGCCUGUCGAUGCUUCCAAGGCCAUCCUGUACUUCCAGCAACAGGAGACUGGCGGCCCCUAUCUUAAGCAGAUCGCCAUUCCGACGACUCUGAGUGCCGCCGAGUACACCGUCGGCGCGGGGUAUACCAACGAGGAGGGCGUAAAGGUCGCGGUCAACGCGCCCGAGCUCGUGCCCGCGGGCAUUAUCCUCGAUGCGGAACUUACCCUUGCGACCCCGGAACGUCUCUGGCUUUCCACUGGUAUCCGUGCUUUGGAUCAUGCUGUCGAGAACUUGUAUCGCCCCCUCGUUGCCCCACCGCUCAAGCACCUCUGCUAUGCUGCCCUUGUCGAUCUAUUCAAAUAUCUCCCCCUGUCGAAAGCAAACCCGCAAGCGGUAGACGUCCGCCAGAAGCUGCAGCUCGCGUCCUGGAUGAGCAUUUGGCCGCUCCAGCUGGAGCGAUACGGCGCGCUCGGACUCUCGCACUCCCUCGGCCACAAGAUCGGUGCGCGCUACAGCAUCCCUCACGGCAUCACUUCGUGUCUCACUCUCGCGCCUACCGUCGCACUCCAAACCGAGCUCGCGUCAGGCGAGGACAAGGAGUGGCUCUCGGGCGCGCUCUUCCACCUGCGCCAGCCGUCCACGGGCUCGAUCGACGGCGACAUCCGCAAGCUCUCCGCGGAGAUCUACAGCCUGGUGGAGGGACUCGGGCUGCGUUCGACGCUCACAGAGUACAACGUGCCGCGCGCGGACCUGCCGGAGAUCGCGCAGCUCGCGCUCGGGAGCAAGGAGGAUCCGGCGCAGCCAAAGGUUGUCGCUCUGCUCGAGGCGCUGUAUUGA